AGCCUUUGUCAGCUUUUCCAUCAACUCAAUUACAGACAACUCCCCCGUUCAUGCCAUGAUUGCGUCAAUGCCGCCCUGCGAGGGGCAGCCUUGCUGAUGGAACGUACUCUUAAUCCAGCAACUCACAGCUUCCCGGCGCGUCCUGGGCUGGCAUUCGACGAACUUAAACCACUUGUCAUCGCGUCGGAUACUAGCCGCUGCCUCUACUUCGCUGCCAUUGAGAUGCGCUUGUGACGAAAAAGGUAACACCUCAUCCUUGCUCGUGCAUCUGUGUUCGUAUUCAACGGUCCCAAGCCUUGCAGUUCGGAGAGCAGAACGUUCAACAAGCAAUGAUGUUGACAGAAUGCCCUUGGAGAAAAAAAUCGAGCCCCGGUACAUCCAAAGACUGACAAUAGCACAAUAUAAAAUCACUUCACGAAUCUACCUACUCUUACACCUUUUACCUCUCAGCCAUGUCCAACCAAGAAACAAUGCAAGCCAUCGUCAUCACUGCCUUCGGAGGGCCAGAAGUUUUACAACACAAGACCGUCCCUAAACCCACACCAACGUCGGGCGAGGUGCUCGUGCACGUCAAAGCAUUCGGCCUGAACCAUGCCGAAAUGCACAUGCGCAAGGGCGAAUGGGACGAAUGGAAUCCCAUCUCCGGGCUCGAAUGCGUGGGCACUGUCGAGGCCGAUCCCUCGGGCAAGUUCCAGAAGGGCGACAAAGUGGUCGGGGUGAUGGGCGGGAUGGGCCGAAACCGACCCGGCGGAUAUGGCGAAUUCGUCAACGUCCCCCUCGCGAACGUGGUGAAAAUCAAGACCAACCUGCCUUGGGAACAACUCGCCGCGCUGCCCGAGGUGUAUUCCACGGCGUAUUCGUGCCUCUUCACCGUCCUUGACCUGCACGAGGGCGAGAGGAUCCUGAUCCGCGGCGCGACAAGCACGAUCGGCCAAGCGGCCGUGCACCUCGCCGUGAACGCGGGGGCCAAAGUCACGGCAACCACGAGGCGGCGGGAGCGGUUCGAGAUGCUGAAGAAGAUGGGUGUCGAGGACGCGAUUCUCGAGGAGAACCCGCUCAGCCCGCGAUUCGUCCCCGACCGCAAAUUCGACAAGACGCUCAAUCUGAUCGGCAACGUCGCCCUUCUCGACUCCAUCCGCCUCACGCGCCCCGGCGGCCGGAUGCUCCAGGCAGGGUGGCUCGGCGGCCUCGCGCCGGUCAAGGACUUCAACCCGAUGGUCGAGAUGGACUCCGGCGUGCACUUCAGCCUGUUCCACAGCAAGGUGGUCGGCACGGAGGAUUUCCCGCUGGAGAAGAUCCCCUUGCAGGAGAUCGCGGACAAGAUCGAGCGGGGCGCGUGGGAUGCGAAGCCGACGUACGUGUUCGACUACAAGGACAUCCAGAAGGCGCACGAGUUGUUGGAAAGCCACAACGCGGGCGGCAAGAUUGUGAUUAAGCGUUGAGACAAUCCUACCUCUGUCCCAAAAGAUGAACCAGAACUUCUCACGCGGAUAAGGACAUAGCGUUAAGUAAUAAGUGAAUACAGACACAUGAUUCGAUA